AUGCUGCGUAGAUCUCUGCGCAGCUCAUCGGUCCGACAACAACUUGCAACCGCCAGUACCAAGUUCCGCCCUGUUCAGCUUUCAGCUCUCCGGCCUUACUCGCAAGCGAUCAUCGAACCCGAAGAAAGUCUCCCCAACUCUCACGAACCUGAUGCCCCUUCGGAGACUCCACGGAAGUCUCCCAGGUUCAACAAAAAUGGCGCGCACAAGGGUCGAAAAUCCGGCCGCGAUGGUCCGACCGUGGACGUGGAGAAGCGGAAACAGGAAGAGCGCUCGUUAAUGGCAAUCGCUGCUGGAUCAAAUCUAGAGAGCGGCGAAAUCAACGAUGAGAUUCGCAGUGCUAGCUUCACCCGUAAAACAAUCAGCAUGGAGCUGAAAUGGCUGGAGGACCCCCGUGAUCUGGCGGACCGUGUCGCUCGUCUUUUGCGCAGUGGCGAUAUUGGUAUGGCAGCAGCUCUGGUUCGCCAGGCGCAGAAGGACGGCAAGCGUUGCGAUGUCGCUUGGAAUCAUCUUUUGAGUUAUUGUAUGCAGCGAGGGUUCCCACAAGUGGCGUUCAAGUUUUAUAAUGAUAUGAAAAAACGUGGUCGAAUGCCCAGCUCCGUGACAUAUACUUUGAUGCUCAAGGGUCUUGCCGACGCCCCCAAAUCGCCGGGCAACAUCAAAAUGGCCGAAUCCAUUUACAGAUCCAUCCAGCAUUCUGAUGUCGACUUGAGCAUUAUCCACACGAAUGCAAUGCUCUCAGUAUGCGAUCGCCAUCAUGAUAUGGAUUCAUUAUGGCGGAUUGCUGGAGAACUGCCUGAAGAAGGUCCCCAAGCGCCCGACAUGCGCACAUAUACCAUUAUCCUCGGCGCCCUCCAGUAUUCCGCGCGCAACGACCUUGAAAAGAUCAACCCGGCAGACACAGACAAAAUCGUGGAACGUAAAGAUCAAAUGGUCAUGGAAGGAAAGAGAAUAUGGACAGACGUCCUCUACCGGUGGACCAAAGAUCAGCUGCAGAUCGACAAUCAUGUUGUCAACGCAAUGGCCAGUCUGCUUUUGGAGGGCGCACGGGAACGUGACUACUAUGAUGUUCUGGCGCUCUACAAUCAAACAAUGGGCAUCCCAAUUUACGCCAAGAAGCCGGCGGAGUCCAAAAAGGCCUCCCGGUUUACCAUGUUCCGCUUGGCUUUCUUGCGGCGCUCGGCUGCAGAGUCGGAACACACAGAGGAUGUUCCGUUUGUGGACGAAAACAACCGUCCCCUGCGUGAAGAGUCUGAGAAGGAAGAUCCUUUAGAAGGAGCGGAAGAGGAAGAGAUUGAGGACUUUGACUUGGUCUUCGACCCGGUCGUUCCCAAGAACGAAGGCUUAACUUAUCUCCAGCCCCGGAGCAAAGAGCUCACUUUUAUUGAGGAUGUCUGCCACAGGCUUCCUCAAGGCUUUGCAGCGGGCUAUUCCUAUUGGGAUCAUUUGACUCUCGAGUCAGAGACCCGUUUCGAGCCUGAUGCGGUCGCCCUUGCUCAGUAUCUGCGUCUUCUUCGCGCCGGUCGAGCCAGUAAGAGGGCUGUCCAGGUCAUGCAGAACCAAGCAUUACCCUCAGGUCUCGCAAAUGAGAAGCUCUUCCAUCUGGCAAUGGCUUGCUGUCGCCGGGACCGCAAUAACGCGUCCGUCCUUCUCCAUGCAAAUGAGCUUUUGCAGGUCAUGCACAAAGCUUUGGUUCUGCCCGACCCAAGAGUGGUCGAAUCGUACCUGGAGCUGAUUCAGUCCCUUGCUCAAGCUCCACAUGUCCUCUUGAACCUGCGAGGCCUACCCAAGGAGGAUCGGCGCAAGAUCGGCGACCUCGCGGUUCUGGGCAAGAAGCUUUUCGCAGAUCUCCACGUCGCUGCUAUAAACGCUCUGCGAAUGCCAGUUUCCCAACUUCAUGACGCCCUACAAAGCGGGAAACCUGAUCGGCGCUCCCGUUGGAGUACUCUGAAGAAUGGUUCUGGCAAUGUGCCCGCGUCUUUGGCUGUCAAGGUCAUGGCCCGGGUGCGCACGGUGAUUGACGAAAUACUCAAAGCGGAAUACUCUUCCGUUGUACCAAAGGAGGAUCGGAAGGCGUUGCAAGCGGACUCCAACUUACUGAAGACCUACUCCGAUAAGGAGACUAUCAGAAAAUUCAGUGAGCUGUCAGUAUACCCUACGGUCGAACAGAAGAAUGCCUUCCGAGAACGACAGUUGCAGGUUGUUGAACAUGUCCCUGCUGAAAAGGACCAACCAAAGAGUGAUCUGGAAGCACCCCAAACUCCCACGGCUGCGGAAUCUGCCGAGCAAGCUAAGCUUGGCUGA